GGAACAUCGGAAACUUCUGGCUGGCGCGGAACCCGCAGGCGGACGCAACAAGGACAGCAACAUUCGUCGCCUGAGAGAAAAAAACCUUGUGGAGUCCCGAGCUCGGUGCGGAUCAGCGAUAGCUUCCGGAUCGUAUUUCCGCUUAAUGUUUUGCAUAGUGGGUUGAGGCUCAAAUUCUGGGAAACAGUAGAAGUCGUGACGCUGCAGUAAUUGAGUAGAGCCGUGGAAAUGGAAAGGAAAUGAUCUAUAAUUUCUUGGUCACAUUCAUUCUGGUCUAUUGGACCUCAUCAAGUGUUGCUUGGGGCCUUGAUUGGUUGUUCAAGUUCUAGUUGGUAACCAAGUGCUUCUACACAGAUAAUCGAAAAUUGGAAAUUGCAUUCAGGUUCAGAACGAGAUGGGGUCUGAAGGGCCAAAGCCAGUCACAAUAAACGUAACUGGAUUCAAGAAAUUUCAAGGUGUCCCUGAAAAUCCCACAGAGACUAUUGUUAAUAAUCUGAAAAGUUUUGUAGAGAAAAAAGGGCUACCACCUGGAGUGACUUUUGGGACAUGCACCGUACUAGAGGCUGCAGGUGAUGGUGCACUUCCCAUGCUUUUCAAAGUUAUGGAAUCUGGCAUCUCGAGUGAUGGUUCGACAUGCGACGCACAAGUUGUGUGGCUUCACUUGGGGGUAAAUAGUGGUGCUCAUAAGUUUGCCAUUGAGCGGCAGGCUGUUAAUGAAGCCACUUUUCGUUGUCCAGAUGAGCUAGGAUGGCGACCUCAGCAACUUCCGAUAGUUCCUGAAGAUGGCAAGAUUUCUCGAACAAGACAGAUACAUACGAGACGUAAUGUUGUUUCUUGUCUGCGACCUCUAAACCCUGUAUUCGACAUUCUCGUCAUGCCAUUCUUGAAGACUUCCUUCUCCACAAAAGCAAUCCUUGAGUUCUUGAAGAAGAAGGGCUACGAUGUAACUCUUUCUAACAACGCUGGUCGGUUCGUCUGCAACUAUGUCUACUACCACUCUCUUCGGCUUGCAGAACAACGGGGUAGCCGAUCUCUCUUUGUGCACGUUCCUCCCUUCUCAAGAAUCGAUGAAGAGACUCAGAUGAAUUUCGUAGCCUCCCUUUUGGAAGCUAUUGCAUCAUCAUGUUGACGUCCAGAUGAAAUGUAUCCGGUGUUCUUUUUGGUGUCGUUUUGUUCUUCUGUCUGUGAUCUGGUUGGGUAUAAGAAGCAAUUGCACGAACGAUCUUCUUGCAAAUUGUAAAAGGAUUCACGUUGUAUUCCACCAGUACUAGGGACUCAUCUGAUUUUCAGCAACUCUUCUUGCCAUGGCCUACAACUUCAGAUCAUCAUCUAGUGUUAUUAAAGAUAGGAGAGUGUAAAUGGGGAAACAAGGAGAUGAAAUUGGGA